AUGGCUGUGGUCCACGAACUUGCGAAGGCCGGCUUCGGAACGGGAACUAACGAGCUGUAUGAUCGUGCGAGGCCGUCAUACCAGCCUGGUGCGCUGUCCCAUAUCCGCAAUGCAGUUCAGGCACCUCCGCCUCUGAACAUCGUCGAGAUCGGUUCAGGAACAGGUAUCUUCACCCGGGCACUGCUCGCGCACCCAGACUGGUCUUCGAGCAUCAAGCAAUACAGAGCCAUCGAGCCAAGCGGGGGUAUGCGUGAAGUCUUUGCCAAGUCCGUGCAGGAUGAGCGUGUUUCGGUGUCGGAAGGCACCUUCGACACAACCGGCGUCGAAAAUGGCUGGGCCGACCUCGUCGUAAUCGCGCAGGCCUUCCAUUGGUGCCCAGACUACGACAAGGCUUCCGCAGAGUUUGCACGCAUACUGAAGCCUGACGGGAUUGUUGCCUUCAUUUGGAACCUGGAAGAUAGAGAUGGCGCUGCGUGGGUUGCUCAGUUACGCAACCGGAUCGAGAAGCACGAGCAAGGCACGCCGCAGUUCCGUCUCGGCCUCUGGCGUGCCACAUUCUCGACCCCUUCCUACAACAAGUUCUUCUCGCCACCAGAAGAGAAGAGGUGGACGUACGCGCUUCAUGGCACGCGCGACAUUGUCACCAACCGUGCCUUGAGCAAGAGCUACAUCGCAGUGCUACCUCCUGAUGAGAAGGCGCAAAUUGUGCAAGACGUUGGGAAGAUACUAGAGAAGGGAGAUGAUCUGAAGUGGAUCGACAAGGAGAAAGGCAUCUUUGAGUAUCCUUAUGGAACUCUCGUCGUGAUCUGCAAGAGGAAGUAG